AUGGUGUCCAGUAAAGUGGUGUUUGUCGUGGCCCUGGCGAUGUUCGGGAGCGCCGUGGCUCAACCUGCCAAAGCUGGGUUCUGGAAGGGAACCCCCAUGGAUGGUAUGGUGGAAGAGAUGAGGUCUGGCUGUGUCGAAGGAUCUGACCCCACCGCCUGCAUCAAAUAUAAGGUUAUGUCUCUACUGGACUCCAUUUUCAAGAAGGACACUUUCCAGAUCUCCGAGGCCGUAGAAGUGACAAAGAACGGAGCCGGCAACGACGUCUCUGGCCGCUCUUCUGGUGACUUCUUCGACGCCGUCGAGAGCUACAUCCAGUCCCAUGACGUCACCUUCCAACUCCCCAUUGCUGACACCAAGGUCACCGUCAGUCCCAGGAACUUGGAUAGCGAUGAACUCAGCCUGAACAUCAAGUUUAACAAGGAUGGUGCCCGUUCUGUUGGUGAAGCUCGCAAGGCCAAGCUUAAGAAAAUCAUCGUGCCUAUUCUAGUGUUCGUGCUCCUCAAGGCCAUGACCCUCAUCCCCCUGGCUAUCGGCGUCCUCGGAUUGAAGGCCUGGAAUGCCCUGCAGCUGUCAUUCUUCUCCUUCGUGGUCUCUGUUGCGCUGGCUAUCUUCCAGCUUUGCAAAAAGAUCGCGGCCGACAACUCGCAUCCGCAGAUCGCUGCUCACGGCCCUUGGGACGCCGCGUACGCAGCCACCCGCCGCAGGAGAGAGGCUGAACCACAAGAAGCCGCCCAAGACUUGGCUUACAACGCUUACCAAUAAUUUCUCGCACUCGACCGAAAGACGUGACCACCACCGCCCGAAAAAAAGAAAAUUUUAAAAACAAAUAUCUCCCACGCGAAAGUUCGAAUUUGAUUAUUUUAAAUUUCGAACGCGUGGAAUGGACACAGACCAAAUAGAAAAUGGUUUCAUUGAAACUAAACAAGUGUAAAUACUAUGUAAUGCAACUUAUUUAUUAAAAAAUAAAAUGU